GAUGGCGCACACAUUGAUUAAUUACACCGUUUGAAAUGCUGCGGUGGGGGCGGAUGGGAUCCGCGUGGGAGACAGUGACAGCAUGUAGGAGAAGGAAAGAAGAGAGAAACACUGAGGAGGAGAACGGAGAUAGCGAGAGUCAGAGCGAAAAACUCGUCAAAUGAAAGCUGCAAUUAGUGGUCUAUGAAGUGAAAGAGAGCUGGCCCAGGCUUAUCCCAGGUGUCCGUAACUUAGCCCACUCAAUUUAGAGUGAGAGACCUACGUAGCGGCGGCCCACCUGUUCCCUGCCCCUCCCGUCAACAUUGAUGCAUGCGACCAUAUGGAUUUGCCAAGCUUAUUGUCUAGGGGCGGGAAAUCCCAAUUAUAGGCUACUUUUGUGAAUUCACUCACUUCGCUACAUGGAAGACGGCUACCUUUGUGCCACAGCUGUCAAAAUCAAUUCAAGUGUGACCACCUCAUUUGCUCUUUUAGAAACGUUUAGAACUCGAUUAUAUCAUAUAGGCCUAAAUGCUAAGAAAAUAGAUGUGAUAGAGAGAGUGACUAAUUAGUCCUAGUUUAAAUAUCCCAUAGCAGCAUAAUCAUUGCAGUAAGUGACGCACCAGCCUAUGUGUGCGCAACAACCUGCGCAUAUUUCUCGCACUUGUUGUUUGCGUUUUGAAGCCUUGGCAACCCAACUGGUGAGUGUAUACUCCAAGCCUGGGUUGGAUCAAAACAAGGUUUAUCUUCAGUCACUGUUUACAGCUCUCUCUUUUUUUUUUUACCGACAUAUGAAACUCAAUGGCAGGGAGAGAUGAUACUGACCCACAGUUUCAGCAGUGGAACCAGGACGCACAGAAUGUGCAGAUAAUUCAACAGCCUGCUUCCCAGCAGCCCACAACCAUCCUCCAGCAGCUCCCUGCUGCUGUGUCAUCUCCCACUCCCUCCAUCCGGCCAGGACACGUUAAGCAGGACCUGGUGGAGCUGAUGAUGAUCCAAAAUGCUCAGAUGCACCAGGUCAUCAUGAACAACAUGACCAUGUCAGCCCUCAGCUCAUUUGGCCAUUCCCAGUUCCACCCUCCGUCUACCUCUGAGGAGGAGGAUCCAGAGGUGUACCACUACCAUUACCAGCCUACCCCGGCCUACCUGCCCUACCCAACCUGGUUGCCUCCACCCCUGCCUCACCCUAGCCUGGUCUACCGCAACACCCAUGAACCCCUAGAGCUAGCACCCUCACCACACAGAGACACCACCAGGAGGGCGGUCCCACCUCCUCCCCCACCCAGCGCUACCAGGACUGUGGGGGCUGACGUCCCUCCAGCAACAGAUUACUAUGAUGCUGCGGAGAGAAGACAGUGACAAGAAGAGCAGAAAUCUACAGCAUCCAUUCAUCGUUAGCCUUGUUUUUACAAGAUGGAAUCCUUCUAAACGUGUCACAGUAAACGGAACUACAUUUCAGAGGCGAUGCAGUUUUGUUCUUCAUAAUAGUUAUUCAUAAUAUCAUGUUUCUGUAUCUUAUAAUGCUCACCAUAGUUCAGUUUUUUUUUCUCCGUGUUUUAAUGUGUGUCUUUUUAGAUUUGUUAUUUCAAGUAAAGAAAAGGCCAAGAUCAUCAUUGUUCAGCAUUGUUCAAUGUUUUUAAGCUCACUUCCAGACUUGUGCUGUAGCUCAGUUGGUAGAGCAUGGCACUUCUAACACUAGGGUUGUGGGUUUGAAUCCCGACACCAACCAUACAUAAGAUGUAUGAUGUAUGAUAUGAUAUGAUGUAUGUAUAAGUCGCUUUGGAUAUAUGCCUGCUAAAUGACAUAUAUUAUAGUCGUUUUGGCCUUGUUUUUUUUUACAUGCAUUACACAAAAUACCCAGCAGGGUGCAGCAUCAUCUUUGUAAUGACAAAGUCAGAGGGCGCUUUUCUAUGACUGGGAGUUAGUUUUUAGCAGGUUGACAUUUAUUGUUGUGAAUCUUGAUCUGGAGGCAGCUCUGCAGAGAGGUCACAAGCUAACACAGACAGAAAGUCAUAAAAUCAGUUUUUAAACCUAACAUUAACCACACUGCUAACCCUAAUGCCUAACCUUAAAUUAAGACCAGAAAGCACAUUUUUGUAUUCAUACAUGUUUGCGAUUUAGACAAUUUUGACUUUGCAACUGGCCCAUCUUGCAGAAAUUGCUCAGUUUUGCCUACAGGGCAAGAUUCAUGACAAUAAAUGUCAAGCUGCUUGUUUA